AUGUGUGGUGUGGUGCGGUGUGCAUGGACUAUGAUGAGUACAGCCAGGGCAAGCGGCGCCAGCCACGACGACCUUAUGACGCUGACCAGUUUGGCGCUGCGCGAGCUACGCGGCGUCGAGGAGGGGGCGUACUGCCGCGGACUCGGCGGCCGCUCACGCGAGCACAGCCCGCGCGCGCGCGCCCCCCAAGGCGGACCGGCCAACGACGAGGAGGCCGGAGACGUCGUCGGCGGCCGCCGCUCGCCGGCCCGCUGCCUCGUCCGGGCCGCGGUCCCCGCGCCCCGCGCCCCGCGUCCGCGCCCCGCGCCCGCGCCCGGCGCCUCGCGCCUGCGCUGCGCUGCGCCUGCGCCCAUAUCCCGCGCCUGCGCCCGCACCCGCGCCCGCGCCCGCCUCCACACAGGCCGCCUUCAAGCGGCACGCGCUGCAGAGCGGUUGUUGGUGAGCGGUGACGCUCGUCCGCGUCGUCGUCGACGACAGGCGGCGGCGGCGGCGGCGGCGGUGGUGACCGCGCCCACGUCGGCCGGCCCGGCCCCCGGCCGCGCGGCCGCCCACCGCCGCUGCCGCCGCCGUGACCUGCGACACCUGGCCAGAAGGCGCGUGCCUAUUCAGCACCUUCUCGAACAGCUGGACAAGCAAGCGUCGUCGGGGGAUGGAGGACGGCGUCCGCCUCCGUCCCCGCCGACCGCCCCCGCCUCCGCCCCCGCGCUGGGCCUCGCGCCCAAGAAGCGCCUCAAGCUCGACAACUACGUGGGAGCGGACGCCGCACCCGUUGCCGCAACCGCCUCCGCGCCAGAGGUUUUGUUUGUGGACGGGCUGGGUCACGCGGACACCGGGCUGGCCGCGCCGUCGCCCUCGCUUCUGGUGCACAACCAUCGCAAGAGCAGUGCCGGCAGCGGCUCGAGCGGCGGCGGCGGCGGCGGCGGCGGUGGCAGCAGCAAACACUGCAGCCGGCGGCUGAGCGGGGAGGGGCUGUCGAAGCACGAGCGGCGGGGCGGAGGUGGGGCGGGGGCGGAGGAGCGUGGGCGCGACGCGUCCGCCGACCGCCUGGCGCUGCCGCUCUACUCCCCGCACCCGGUCUGCAAGCGCCGCAAGACCGGCAGCAGCGCCUCGGAGAGCGAGGAGCGCGACCGGGACCGCGACCGGGAGCGCGACCGGGACCGGGAUCGGGAGCGAGAACGCGACCGCGAGCGCGACCGGGAACGCUGCCGCGGCGGGAAGCACUCGCACCACCACUCGCACCACCACGGGAGUAGCGGCGACGGGGCGGGGGCGGGGGCCGCGGACGGCGCCGUGGACGGCAGCCGCCCCGGCACGCCCCUCUGCGACGAGCGGCCCGAGAACCUGUUGCCGCCCUCCGAACCCCGCCGCCUGCCCCGCGAGCGUAGCGCCGCAGACGGGCCGCUGUCGCUGCCGCUGCCCAGGUUCGCCGCGCAGGUGCUGUCGUCGGCCGGACCGCGCCUGACCAUCUCCACCAAGUCGACAGCGGCGGCCGGGACGCUGGCGUCGCCCCCGCCUGCUGUCACCUCUCCGCGCUCCGCUCAGCCGCCCUCAGCGCACCACCACCACCAUCACCACCAUCACCAUCAUCACCACGCAGCAACAGCGGGCGCGCCCUCAGCCGCGCCGGCGCCCGCCCCAGCGCCCACGCCUCCGCCUCACCCGGCGCAGCCGCCCCCCGCGUCGCCGCCACCGAGGCCGCCCUCGAUGUCGCCGUCGUCGUCCGACUCUGAGCUCGCGCCGCAGUCGCCGUCGCUCGAGGAGCGCAUCCGGUCGCUCGACGAGAAGUACGAGAAGUGGAGCGGGUCGCGCGCGCUCAGCGCCUCUGGCGGCGACACGCUCGCCAAGCUGGACGCCGGUGCGUCGGCCUUUCGCUUCCGCCACCGCCUACUCGACUCCAACUACCACGACAUCCAGCCGUCGGACAUCAUGAAGAAGGUGAUGGGCAAGCGAUCUGUCUUCGACGAGGAUUCAAACCGCCUGGAGAACGUCAACGACAAGUACGAGCCGCGGGAGUUUGUGCCGUCGCGCGCCGCCAGCUGCUUCCAGACGCUGCGCCUCAAGACGGACGCGGGGCCGGGGGCGGGGCCGCUGGCCGGCGCCGCGUCACCCAACCCCGCCAAGCCCUUGUUCGCCAGUGCCGUCACGCCCACGGCCGCGGCGGCGCCCGCGCCCGUGCCCUCGCCCUUGCCCACUGCGACCCGGGGCCUCCUCGGCUCGCCCCUGCACUCGCCGUCGGCACUACCAAAGUCGCCCUACUCCACGGGCUGUCCCGGCCCCGGCCCUGGCCCUGGCCCCGGCCCUGGCCCCGGCCCUGGCCCCGGCCCUGGCCCCGGCCCGGUGUCCGCUCCACGCCCGCCCCGCACCGAAAGGCGGUCGGCGGCCGCUCCACCACUGCCAGCUUCGCCUGCAGUGCACGCCGCCCGCCGCCCGCCGGCCCCGCGGCACAAG